GAGGAGUCUGGACAAUAUGACCUAAGCCCAUUAAAUGGAACUCUAAUCUUCAACGAGACUGACACUAGAAAAUCAUUUACUCUGAAAGCAAUUCAAGAUGGCCUUCUGGAAGGAAUGGAAUCAUUCACUAUUCAGUUGGUGUCAGUCGACUAUUCAGUCAUCUCUCCUGUAGAUGGUACAGCCACAGUUGUUAUUGCUGGGGAUGUAGGGGCAGCUGGUAUAGUUGGAUUAGCCCCAUCAUCCCUUAAUGUUCUCAUUGGUGAGCCCUCUGGGAACUAUAAUGGAACAGCCCAUAUCAGUCUUAUUCGAGGACCUGGGAUU